GAUCAACUAAGUGGGAACUGUUGGUGUUACUUUGUUCUUAAUAAUUUAAAAUAUCUAAAAGUACUUUAAAAAAAACUGUAAAAAAUGUCGAAAUUGGUUAAAUAUUAUUUUGAUUUUAUGUCCCAACCCUCUCGGGCUUUAUGGAUAGCCUUAAAAAUGGGCCAAACUCCCUUUGAAGAAUGUCCAGUGGCCUUAAGAAAAAAGGAACAACUUACUGAAGAAUAUAAAAAAGUUAAUCGUUUCCAAAAAGUGCCGGCUUUAGUCGAUGGUGAUUUUCAUUUAUCUGAAUCCGUGGCUAUGAUAAGAUAUUUAGCUGAUAAGGAUUUAUUUAGCACUGAACUCUAUCCCAAAGGCCUAGAAAAUCGUGCCAGAGUUGAUGAGUUUUUGGAAUGGCAACACUUAACUUUGCGCGCUGGUUGUGGUUUUUAUUUUAUGCGCUGUUGGCUUUUGCCAAUGAACGGUUUGGCCCAUAUGCCUUCUCAGGAGGGUAUUGAUAAGCUUAUUAAAGCUAUGGAACAGAACUUGAAAUUGGUGGAGAAAAUCUGGUUAAAAGAUUCGGAUUUCCUAAUUGGUAAGAAAUUGACUGUGGCCGAUUUGAUGGGGGCCAGUGAAAUUGAGCAAACUAAGCUUUGCAAAUAUGAUGUAUCGAAAAAAUUCCCCAAGGUAACCGAUUGGUUGGCUAGAGUACGUGAGGAAUCUAAUCCCUAUUACGAUGAAGCCCACAAGUUUAUUUAUAAAAAGUCGGAAUUAUAAAUUUCGGAUUGUAGUCAUAACUACACACGAUUUAAAAGACUUUUAUUAUUUGUUAAACAAAUGUUUCUUAAUUUACAUACAAUGCAUUUCGUAGGUAUUUUUGUUAUUUUAUAAAAUUUUUUGCGUGGUCUUGCAAAAACUGCUUAUUUUUAAAAAUUUAAAUUUUAAAUAAAAAAUGUGUUUAAUUUAA